GCAGAAAUGAGGCAGAUUUCUUCAGUGAAAGGUGUAGGAGUGUUAUUUGUUUUCCAACUGACGAAUCUUGUUAUUUUAAGCAAUGAGGAUCAUGUCAAGAUAUGCCCAGAUGAGUUUUCGACAUUACCAAAUAGCUCUCAGAAAGUGUUAUGGCAAGCGGCAGGAACAGAUCAUGAAAUCAUUCUAUCCGAUCCACCAUGUACUGAUGAACUUGGGAAUUUGAUGAUAAGAGUAUGUUCAAAUGGAACAUGGACACCCAAAAAUCGUCCAAGUUGCAUAAAGACUGUGGAUGCGACCCGAAAAUGCCCAGGAAAUUUUCAGGAAUCUGAAAAUAGUUGCAUUUUUGUCACAGAGCCCCAACAGUGGAAGGAAAACUGCGAAAGUAUAGCGGCUUCGACGCCUUCUAGCAUACUAGAGAAUGGAACUGUAUGGUUGCCUUUCAGAAAAUCUUCAAAGUACGGCCCUUUCGAGUCGGUUAAACGUGGUGAAAGUUUUGGCACACCCCUAGACAACAAUUUGAAGGUACCCAUGAAAUACGACACGUUCCAAAAGAACUGUUUAGCCUUCAAUACAAUGACUGGAGCUAUGGAAGUUGAGGAUUGCAGCAAUCUUCAUAAUCAUGUAUGUGAAUUUGCUAAAAAUGAGAUAUACAAGUGUCCAAGAGAUUGUGUGAACGCUGCUAUCAAUUCGAAUCACUGUUAUUGUAAAUUGAAAGGGCAGUGCGAACACCUAGCGGAAAUUCGAAGCAUUUUUGAUAAGAAUAUCUUGUCAGACUUGGCGGGAAACGACUUAUGCUCUGUAGGAGGACCCCAACUAAUAGAUGGAUAUACACCAGCAAUAAGCGAACAUACUUGGCUCUACACAAAUAAGCCUAUCGAGUUUACAUUAUGUUAUUCGGAAUUAUUGCAAGUGAGAGAUGCAGAGAAUGUUCAUAUGCUGCUGAAUUUCGACGAGAAGAAGAGAAGAUUAUUUCUCGUUGUAUACAAUCCGAACGGUCUUUUCGAUGAUGCUGAUGAGGAUUCAAUAUACUGCUUCACUGAUGCCGCUCCAUUUGAUUUGAGAAAACGCAUGUAUGUGAAGCAAAUAAACGAACAAAAUUCUACGAAGAGUUCUUAUAAAGUAUAUGAGGUAGAUAUGGUUCAGCAUAUUGGUCAAUAUUGGUGCCAAGCUUACGGAAAAUUCGAUGCAGAUGAAGUACAUUCAAAUCAAGUAAUAGGAUAUACCAAGAAACCUGGGAAUGAAUAUGCUUUAAGAAUUAUAAUUGACAGAGUUUGCAUGAUUUUCAACUGUACUGAUGAACCACUCUCCUCCUAUCAGAACUCCAUCCAUGCGAACUUAUCAAGUACAUUCAAUACAGAAGUGAGGUUAAUGGAGAUAUUCACUUUUGAUUACCACAUUCUCGAUGUGUUGAUUCAUAUAAGCACACCUCAUAAGAAGCCAGUAUAUCAAGAAUACUAUACCCUGAGAAAAAAACUCCAGUCUUCACUGAAAGAGAUUGAAAUUGUUUAUUUCAAGAGCAGCGAAUUUUGCCUUCCCGAAUUGUCAUAUUCUGAAACUGGUAGACAAAUGUCUUGGCCACUCACGCCAAUUGGACAAAAUGCAAUAUCAGAGCCGUUCUGUCUCCAGGAUAAUGGACUACCCUUAUUCAGAUUAUGCGAAGGGAAUUUCAUGUUUGGUGCAGAUUGGUCAAAUAUAGUUGGAGACUGUGAUGAUGGUUUGGAGCUCCCAGAAAGUGUGAAGGAUCUUCAGUCAAUGACGAAUGAGACUAUCACCAAUUCAACCUUCCACAGGGUUACGAGUAUAAUUAACCACGAACCAGAUUUACCAGUUCUAUCGAUUUACUAUAUUGCCAAAAUGUUAGAGACAAUUUUCCUCAGACAUGAAAAUGCAACUUCCGGCGGUAGUAUCCCAGAUGAAGCAGGUGGUACCUUGAACAUCACAGAUAGUUUGAUGAAUGUCGAUAGAAAAUCAUUGGCAAAAGCACAAGAUUUCUUGAACAUAACUGAUGGUAUUUUGGAUUCGAUCAAUGAAAUAUUGAGUACUGCCAAAGUCGAUCCCAAUGUUGUUGUUAUCCAAAGAGAAAAUGUGGCUCUGCAUAGCACCAAUCCAUUUUUGAGUAAUGUCUCUGGGGUUAUCGUUUAUUCAAAUAAUGAGAAAGGGAUAACUAUAAAGAGUUUGCGGAGGAACGAAACUUUUGAUGCUGUUGAGUACGACAAGAAUUUGUUAUUGGCUUAUUACGUACCAGAAGAAAUCUUGGGACAUUUCAAAGAUGACAACCUCACCAUCAUUACAACAGUAUUUUUCAACGACCGUUUGUUUGUGAGUAACUACACCAAAAAACCAGCAGGAAUAGUAUUAAGUAUCACCAUACCAGGACACGGUAUCUACCUUCCCAGUACAAUACCAAUUCUGUUCAGAUCCAUUGAAGGAGAUGACAUUCCCGAAUGUGGAUUUUGGGACUAUGGUAAGAAAUUAGCCAGAAAAAAAGGACGUUGGUCAACAAUAGGUGGAGACUACAUGGGGCAUUUCGAAAACAAAAGUUCUUUCCAUUUGUGUUCAUAUUCGCACCUUACUCAUUUCGCCCUACUCAUUUUGGAAUCAGAAAGGGCUAUUAAGGAGAAUAAUGAUAAUGUUUUGUCGAUUAUAACAUAUAUUGGCGAUUUCUUCUCGGUAUGUGGUAUAUUUGGAAUCUUCCUGACAGCCAUCGUGUAUAAGAAAUGGAGACAAAAACCAGGAACGAUAAUUUUGUUGAAUUUAUCUGUAGCUCUAGUAUUGGAAAUUAUCCUAAUGCAGAUAAUAGAGAUGUCGCCUAUAAUUGUAUCAACAGGUUGUGAAAUAUUUGGUAAAAUCAUACAUUACGUUGUUGUAUCUAAAUUCUCUUGGAUGUUGAUAUAUUCUUUCUUGCAGUAUAUGAGAUUCGUAAAAGUAUUUACCAUCCUUCCAGAUAAUAUAGCCUGGCUAUCUGUUAUUUUCGGAUGGGGAUUUGGCAUCAUACCAGUAGUAAUCGUUGUUGCAGUUGAUCCUUACAGUUAUACAAUGGAGAAAUAUAACUUUUGUUAUCCAGCUGGAUUAUCCUUAUAUUUGGGCUUCUUUAUGCCAAUUUUCAUAAUCAUAUUUAUCAAUACGUUUGUAUUUUUCGCAAUUAUGAGACAGGUUACCUCCAAGACAGUCGAAUCUCAUGGCAAUAAGGAUAAUAUACACAAACUACAGAUACAAUUAGCGGCACUAUUAUUUUUUAUUCUAGGAGUACCUUGGCUAUUUGUUAUAUUCAGUAAAGCAAUUCCAAUCACAUGGAUACAAACAUGUCUUAUCUAUUUGUUUUGUAUCACUACGAAUAUACAAGGUUUCAUCCUAUUCAUAUUUUAUGUCGUGUUCAAUGGUGAAACGAGAAAUUUUUGGCUGAAAUAUUUCACCAAAAGAGAGAUUGUUCAUAUUUCUGUAAGCACCAAAACUAGUAGCAGAUUCUGAAGUAUCAGACCGUGAUCUGCAUUUUGAACGAAUGAUGACGAUAACCCAACACUAACUAUGAGGAUGAAAUUAUUUUUUUGUACCGGGUAUCUCAAGAACUAAUAAUUUUGCUAACAAGGUCUGGUUCGAGAUAGGGAGGUUUGGGGAAUAAAAUUAGAAAACCAUCCAUGUCAUUCUGGUUCUUACCGUGUUUUGUGAACUAUUAGUUCUUGAGAUACAGUACCUUGUCACCCUUAUUGAAUCUCCUGGUACAUACAUCAUAGGGCUGAAUU